ACAACACCAUCAAAAUGAUUGCCCAAACCAUCAUCGCUGCUUUCACCUUCGCCCUCGCGGCCGUUGCUCACCCCACCAGCGAGCCUACCGUCGGCCCCAACGGCAACGCCUUCUGCGGUAACGGCCAAGUUAUCUCCUGCUGCAACAAGACCGACAACAACAGCAACAACGGCAAGUCCGGUCUUCUGGGUCUUGGCCUUGACGGUGUCUUGGGUGGAAGCUGCCAGCCUCUCAACAUCCCAGUUUUGGCUGUCGAUGUUCCUCUCACCCAGGCCUGUGCCGGUAACCAAGCCGCUUGCUGCACUGGUGACGAGAACGGCCUUGUCAACCUCCAAUGCACCAACGUCAACGUUUAAGCGGACUGUUUGAACGUUUG